UCGACACCAACGUGUGUUUUUCCUUAACGAAACUAUCAAAAGUAGCAAAUGACAUUCAAGAACUGAAUAAGAAAGUUUGUUUCUAGUGAUUGUAUUCUUUACUAGAAUAUUAUUAUUGGUACUCUUGUAAUUAUAGUUUCUUAUAAUAUUUCGUGGAUUAAAUAUCAUGUAACAUAUAUUUGUAAAUGUUUUACAUUUCAAUGCACGGAACCGAUAAAAUCAGUAGCGUCAUUUUUGUUUCUUUCAACUGAUUUUACAUUCGAUAAUGAUUGUUCAACUCGAUGAACCGAUAUUUGUGCAAAAGAACUGGAUCUUUAUUACCUGUCAUUAAUUCAGGUUAAUUUUUUCUCUUGACUUCAUUUAGUGACACAUAAUUGAAAUGGAGUCAGCAAGUCAGAGUCAGGUACAAAGUGCCUCUAACAAUGCUGAUACUUCUGAAAACAAGGGAAGUUGUUUAUUACUUCGAUAUGCUAGUCAAAAUUCAUUGGAUGAAAGUUCACAAAAGCAUAUACCCCGUGAGAGUGGAAAAGAUAAACCACCAUAUAGAAAUCAUCAUCAUACAAAUCGGGCAUUUGAUGUUAUCAAUGAAAUGAGAAAGAAAAAUUUAUUAUGUGAUGUAAUCUUGGUGGCAGAUGGAGGUUUAGAAGUACCUGCUCAUAAAAUGGUUCUGGCUGCUUGUAGUCCUUAUUUUUAUGCUAUGUUUACCAGUUUUGAGGAAAGAGAUCAAGAAAGGAUAACAUUACAAGGUGUAGAUUAUUCUGCACUUGAAUUAUUGGUAGAUUAUGUAUAUUCUGCAGAAGUUCAUGUCACUGAAGAUAAUGUACAAGUGUUGUUACCAGCUGCAAAUCUUUUACAAUUAACUGAUGUCCGUGAUGCAUGUUGUGAUUUUUUACAAGCUCAAUUACAUCCAUCAAAUUGUUUAGGAAUUCGUGCAUUUGCUGACCUUCAUAGUUGUUUAGAGUUAUUGUCACAUGCUGAUAGUUACAUCGAACAACAUUUUUCAGAAGUAGUAGAUGGAGAAGAAUUUUUGACAUUAGCACCACAGCAAGUAGCUAAAUUAAUUUGUAGUGAUCGUUUAAUGGUCCCUUCAGAAGAAAAAGUAUUUGAAUGUGUAAUAUCAUGGGUGCAUCAUGAUUUGGAAAAAAGACAAGCUCAUUUAGCACAAUUAAUGGAACAUGUACGCUUACCUUUAUUAUCCCAAGAAUAUUUAGUACAACGUGUGGAAGAAGAACCACUUCUUAAAGCAAAUUUACAAUGUAAAGAUUUUUUGAUUGAAGCUUUGAAAUAUCAUUUACUUAAAGGAGAACAAAAGUCAUUAUUCAAAACACCUCGUACAAAACCUAGACAACCAAGAGGUUUACCAAAAGUGUUACUAGUUGUAGGAGGACAGGCUCCAAAAGCAAUUAGAAGUGUAGAAUGUUAUGAUUUCAAAGAAGAAAAAUGGUAUCAAGUAUCUGAAUUACCUACGCGUCGUUGUAGAGCUGGUUUAUCCGUCCUCGGUGGUCGUGUAUAUGCUGUUGGUGGAUUUAAUGGAUCUCUUAGAGUACGAACAGUAGAUAUUUACGAUGCAGCUACAGAUCAAUGGUCUCCUUGUCCAGAAAUGGAAGCAAGAAGAUCAACACUUGGUGUAGCAGUCCUUGGAAAUUGCAUAUAUGCUGUUGGUGGAUUUGAUGGAUCAACUGGUCUUAAUUCUGCUGAAGUUUAUGAUCCAAGAACUCAUGAAUGGAGGUUUAUUGCACCAAUGUCAACACGUAGAAGUAGCGUUGGGGUGGGAGUUGUUAAGGGAUUAUUAUAUGCUGUUGGUGGUUAUGAUGGAGUAUCCAGACAAUGUUUAUCUAGCGUUGAAUGUUACAAUCCAGAAAAAGAUCAAUGGAAACCUGUGCCUGAUAUGUCUGCACGUCGAAGUGGUGCCGGAGUUGGAGUUUUAGAUGGAAUUCUAUAUGCUGUAGGAGGACAUGAUGGCCCAUUAGUCAGAAAAAGUGUAGAAGCUUUCAAUCCAGAUACUAAUCAAUGGACUCCAGUUAGUGAUAUGGCUCUUUGUCGUAGAAAUGCUGGUGUUGUCGCAUUAAAUGGUCUUUUGUAUGUGGUUGGUGGUGACGAUGGUUCAUCGAGUUUGGCAUCUGUAGAAGUAUAUUCUCCAAGAACGGAUACUUGGACAACUCUUCCAACUUGUAUGGGAAUUGGACGUAGUUAUGCCGGAGUAGCAAUAAUCGAUAAACCAAUGCCAUCUACAACAUCGAUGUGAGGAUUACAAUCCGCUGGGCAUAUAUUAGAGCAGAAUAUAGACCCGGGUGCCGAAAUAUCGGAUCAAUCACGGGAAGCCGGGCCCAGCGGUGUGCAAGUCCAAAAUCCAGACCAAAAUGUACUUCAGCAAUAUCGUAAUGCUGGGCAUAAUUGUCAAGGUCCACGUUGUGUGUGUCAGCGGUAUGAAAAUGGUGAAGUGGCAGCUGCGGUCAUGAACAAUAGAAAUAAUCAAGAAAGAGAUGAUAGUUAUCAAAACGUAGGUCGUGGUUCACGAGGCUUCCAAAAUCGUCCUAGUGGUUCGAUACAGAUGCAUUCAAAUCUCAAUCCAAAUUAUCAAAAUCCAGUGGAUUUAGUCCAUAAUUACAAUCGUAAUCGACAAUUACAAGAACCAGAAGAAAAUAUUUAUGAAAGAUUGGAUAACGAUGAUGAUGAUAAUACUGAAAAUAAUAGCGAGGUUGUUCAUAAUGAAUCCGCGAUUCAAAAUAAUCAAAACAAUGUGGAUGAUCAUACAUACGAAAGAAUAGAUGAUCGAUAUUCUUAUAGUAGUAGAACAUAUCCUCGUUGUUAUAAAUAUCAUAUUUUAAAUCAUUAUAUUCCAAAUUUUUUAAAUGAAAUGGAAAGUAGAAAUCAAUAUGAUCAACCAAGACAAUUUUAUUUAGAUUCAUCACGAUUAUCUAACCAAUUUUGCCAGAAUAGAUUAGGUAGACUAGGUCGUAAUUGUUUUUCGACUGAAAACAUUGCUUAUGCAUCAACUGGACGAGCCAUUUAUCCGCUUGGUUACAAUUGUAUGUGUUCGUUUUGUAGACAUAUAGAUACGAGAUAUUUAUGUCAUCAUUGCCAUAACUUACAUAACAGAUUACGUUAUCAAGAUGGAUUUGCAAGUAAUUCUAGACAUUAUAUAUAUCAAUUACCAAGAAAUUGUAGGUGCCCUUUUUGCCGUGGUGAAUAUUCUUAUAUAAAACUGCCUGUUACAUCUUGUCGACCUACUGAAUCUUUAAGAAUAGAAUGCCAUUGUAAAAAUCCUAAUAAUUGUACUUGCAGAUCAAAAGUUUUAUCUAAUUCUAAUUCUGCCGUUCAAUUUAGCAAAUAUCUUGAUUGGAUAAGUAGAGGCAGUCCAUCAGUUAAUAAUCCACUUUAUGCAACAGUUCAUAUUGGUAGACCUUGUGUUUCAGCUCUUGGAAGUACAAGUAAUACAGGAAAUUCAUCCAGCAGCGCAGAUCCUGGCGCUUCGACAUCAAAUAUGUCAGUACCUGCAUCUACAAUCAAUGAACCCAGUACAUCAUCAAAUAUUAGAUCAAUCUUUUCAUCGCACAAUUCUUCAACUUCACACCCUACCGUUUGUUCUGCUAACCGUUCAACAGAACGUCAACAUACGUGCGAUGAUUCUUGUAUCAGAAAUCAGAGUGGAAGCGUUACUGGUAUUUGUCAAUUUCUUGGUAGAUGUGAAAGAGCAGAAUGUAAUCAUAGUAGAUUAUCCGUGCAUUGGUGGUUCGUAAAUAGAUGGUUGCCAGCUUGGAAUCCUCAUUAUUUUGAUAGAAAUAUGGACAAUGUUCCUCCAAUGGAGGAAGAAUCUCGAGAACAGCAAGAAAGUGAUAGUGAUGAUACUUAAUUUCAAAAUUUUUGUUUUACAGUAUUCUUUCUGUUAUCAAAAAACAAAAAUAUUAUUUGAUAUUUCGAUCUAUAAAUUUUCGUCAAAUAUUUUUUAUUUGGUUUUAUUGGUUUUUUAUAUUAUUAUUAUUACGCUUAAAUUGAUCAUAUAGUUAUAAUUAAAUAAAAUUAAAUAUCUUUAUUCUUUUAUUUAAAAUGAAGAGAUAAUAUUAAUAUUACAUAAUAUUAUAUUUUGUGAUAUAAUUAAGAAAUAUAUUGUUCUCAAUUAAUAUGAUAAUAUUUUGAUUAUAGUAUAUUUAACUUUUCAUUUAUUCAAGAAUAGAAAAUAAUUAUUCAUUUUCUUCAAGAAUAGAAAAUAAAAUUAUAAUUAAAAAUUAAACAUUUUCAUUUUAAAUUAUAAAUUAUCUCUAUGAAUAUAUAAAGACAAUUUGUGCAUGUAUUGACAAUAAAAUUGCUUUAUAUGUGUAUUAAUAAUUUAAGAUAAUGUAUAUAAAUUUCAGUCAUAUGUUUAGAAAUAAUAAAUAGACUAGAUAUAGCAAUAAUCAAAAUUUUAUAUUUUAUUUCAUUUAUAAAACUUUGUACGAUCAUGGAAACUAAUUCGAUAAAUAACUUUCAACUAAUCUACAAAUAAAAAAUUAAUUAUACGUAUUUUAUUAAAUUUAGAAAUUGUGUUCCAUAUACAGAUAUAUAUAUAUAUAUAUUAGAAUAUAUAGAAUUUUAAGAAUAUAAGAAUUGUAUAAAAAUUGUAAUUUUUAUAAUUCAAUUUCAUAUAUGUACCUUCUUUGGGCAUCAUUAAGCCAAAGAGAGAAUGCUUUUGUCAUAUUUUUCAAUUUUAGUAAUUAAGAUUUUUCGAAACAAAGCACAAAUGCAUUCUUUCAGAAACUAAAAAAAAUUAAAAAAAAAUUAAAAUUAUAUAUUAUUUUUAGGAAGCGUUUUAUAAUUACUAUUGCGAUAGAAUAUGUUAAUCAUAAUAAGCUUUAGUUUAAAUUCGAUAGUUAAUGUAAAUAUAAAUUUAUAAUGAUUAUCGUUCAUAAAAAAAUGACGUUAAAAAUCGAUUAGGAUUUUUAUACACACGAAUUUGUUUUGAAAAUAUCUAUUAUCUUAAUAAAAAUUAUGUAUGAAUCAGUAUUAAGUUGUCCUUGUAAAGUUUUACUUUCUCAAGUGAUUUGAUUGAUUGGUUAAGUUUAAAGAUUGUUCAAUAUUAAUUUAUAUAUUCAGUAUUGGAAGAAGUAUUAAAUUUAUUAAAAUAGAAUGUAAUAUUUAAACUUUUAAAAGGACAACUUCACACAUAUCUUUGAAUAUGUUAUAACUUAGAAACUAAUCGUUAAAUAGGAUGUAACAUUUUUGCGCCUAAAAUAUUAUAAGGAAACGUAUUCGAUUAGUUUUUUGAAUUAUAAUGUAAGAAAACCUGAUAGAUUUACGAAAUGUUUAUUUUUUCUAUUUAAUAAUUAAUAAUUACGAUGACAAACGUUCAAUUAAAUAAAAUAUGUUAUAUAAAAUUCUAUGUAAAAUUUUUUUGAACAUCAUAAACGUAAAAAAUUUAAAAAUUCAAAUUAUUAUUUCCAAGUUUUUUUUAAAUUAAAAAAUCCAAUAAUUGAUAUUUAAUUUAAUAGUAAAGUAUUUAUAAAAUUAAUUAUUUAAUAAAAUAUUUAAUAAAAUUUUUUGUUGUAUUAUAAAAUAGAGAAAAUAAAAUCAAUAGUAAAAAUAUAUAUAUCAUUAAAUGAGAAAAGAUAUUUUUUAAAAUACAUUUAUUCUGCAUAUAAUAAACAAAUUAUAAUUCUGUUUUUUCUUCUAGGAUUGCCAUAACAUUACGAUUAAGAUUGUGAGCGGCAUAAUAUAUCGGUUCAAAUUGUAAUACAAUUAGUACACGUCGUGGCGCUUUUGCAAGAGCAGUAUAUCUACAAUCGAUUAUAUACAUCCUACACCCACUUUAAGAAAAGUUGAUCACUCCCCCAUAAGCGAAGGCCAACUGCUAUCACUUUGGUUUUACAAUGGUCCCUAAUAUCGCGACGUAUUGUUACAUUUAGCUAAAUAUGUAAUUUAUUUUAUCGAAACUAAAACUGAAUGAAGAAAAAUGUAAAUUUAUUUACAUAGGCAUAUGCGCAAUAUUGUUUACGAUUAAAUAAAUCGAUUUAAGCAAAUCGAUUUUAAUAUAUAUAAAUAUUUAUAGUUAAGCAAAAAUUUCUUCGAGGAAUCGAACCAAAUGUCAUUCGAGGUGUGGUCGUUGGUGACAUUUCUAACUUAAAGUUAUUGUGAAUUUGCGCGUUAAGUGUCGUGAAGAAAAUUUAUGCGCCCUGAUGACAAUGUUUUAGGAACGUCGAUUUAUAGUGGUCAUUUUAAGGAAAAUCGUCCCUUUGUGUACAGGCAAUGAACGUGAUCUGCAAAAACGACGAAUAUUUCGCGUUGUCACAUAGGACCGACGUAUUGUAAAUGGUGAAAUAACGAUAAACGCUAUUGUGUUCCUGCGGUGUAGAGUAUAGUAUGGUUAAGAGAACUUUAUCUUAGCACCAGGAGUAUUCAAGUAUCACGGGUGUGGUUCUCAUGGCCAGACGCACUCAGAUACGACGAUAUUUUGUUCGAAUAAUGGCUUAACCCUUUCUUGCAUCGAGAAUCGAGACGUUUAUUUUCAGUAACAAUUGCAUUUGUUUAUGUUUGUUCGCUUAUUUUUAUUUCUAAUUUAUUUAUUUAGCAAAUAUCGUUACCCUAAUUUUGACUUUGUUAUUUUCAGAUCGUUUGAGAUAUGUAAAAUUUGGGAAAAAAUUAUAUAUAAAAAUUGUAUGGAAAUUAUUGUUUAUUUCAAUGAAAAAUAUAUUAAAAGAAAUAUAAAAAAAAUUUUUUAUUUUUAUUAUACUAAUAUAAUAAAUAUCUAUUCAAUGAUUGAAAGAAGGAUAACAAAGAAUAAAAUGAAUUUUAAAAACUUUUCAAAGAUUUUAUAAUUAUUGCAUUUUCAAUCGAUUUAUUUUUAAAUACUUUUAAUUAAAAAUUUAUAUUGGAAAACAUUACAUACACAAACGGUUACUUAGCCAGUGUUUAAAAUUAAAGCGAAGAGAAAGGCUACGUUCACCUUUUCUCUGAUAUUGAUAAUAUUUGCAUUCCGAUCAGUAAUCAAAUUUUAUGUUCAAUCUCGCAUGUGAGCCGUCUUAAAAUCCCAUAUAUAUCACGAUCAUUCUAAAAAUUUAUCUUACGAUAAGCUGAUUUUUAUACUCUCGUUAUCCAAGAACGAGACACCGGUAGGAUAUGGUACUGAACGAUAAUAGAACAUCAUACUUUCUGAACAUGAAUGUUUGAUAUCUGUAGCAAAAGAGAAGCACAAAUCUCUUGCAUCAGAAUUGUUAAUUCAUUAUGAUCGAUGGUCGGAAUGAUACUUGAAGUAUGUGGGCGUUGGUCCUUGUCACCUUCGAAUUCCAGUCUCAAAUAAACCGAAAAAAGUAAAUAAUUUACUGUGAGUAAAAUAAAAGAACAGCAGGAAGAAUUGCGAUUUGAUUAAUCAUAUGAAAUGUUCAUGUUCUUUCCGAGUUUCGCUUUAUCUAUUAAAUUUCUUAUAGAUCUUGAAUAUUACAUAUAUUUAAAAUAUUUGGAAUAAAAAUAUUGCAAUAAUCGAAAUAAUGAUGUUUCAUAAUAUGCAUAAAUUUGAUAUUUAUUUCUGUAUAGUCGAAUAGAAAUUACUUUUGAAUUGACUAUAUGUUAUUAAUGAUAAGAAUCAAUUGUUAUUCUAUGGAGGAGCUAAACAGAUCCUUAUGCAUUCAUUCAAAUCAAUCUCAAAGGAUGACAAAAGAUCCUAUAGAUGUUGAAUAAUAAUUUAUCACUACCGUUACGCGUGCAUAACCAUGCGUGAAUCACGGAAUUGUCGUGCAAGUGUAAUGUGUAACCAAGAAGUUACGAAAUCUAGCUUUGUGCCAUGUAUAUCCCUUCUUUUUUAUUCUCUUUUAAUGAGGGUCUUGUUCCGGCUGUAUUUAUAAUGUUUUAUAGUUCAUUUAAUUAUAUUAAGACAAGAAAAAUCCAAGAUUUAUAUUAUAUUAUUUCAGGAAAGAAAAAAAAAGAGAAAAGAAGCUAAGUAUUUUAUGUCGAUAAAUAUAAAAAAUAUCUAUAUUUUCAAAUUAUAAACAAAUCAAGACUUAAUAAUAUAUAUUUUUAUAUAUAUUGCUUAUAUAUUUUUUUAAUAUACUUAUACGUUUUUUUACUUUUCUUAAUCCAGAAUUUGUGAAAAAAUCUAAACAAAAUAUCUAUUAUUUGAAAUAUUUACAUAAUUUAUCAAAUAUAUUCACGUCAUGUUUGUGUAAUUUAUGUACCAAUUUUGGUAAUGAGAUUUUACAAGUAUAUUCGACAUAGGUUAUGUAACACCAGUCAAAUUAAGAAUAAUUAUCCAUUUUUAAUAUUUAUUUCAGAAAGAUAUCAGAAAAUAUAUUUUUUUUCUAAGCAUAUCUCUCGAAUCGAAAAUAUAUAAAAUCGAUAAUAUAACUCAUUUAUGAAUUUAUUUGAACGGAAAAUUAAAAAUUGAUCCGUCUUGGGUGGUUUCGUUAUGUAUUUUGCAGAGAAUAAAAGUUAUGUAAUUCUUUACGUAAAGAGAACGAGAUCUUUUAAGAUACAUCUUUACAAACGAGUUUAACACACUCAGAGACCCGAAUUUGUUCUCUUUUACAAUAUACUAUAUAUAUUUAUUAUAAAAUAAUAAAACAAAAUUUAUAUUGACAAUAUAAUGAUAAAGAUAAGUCAAAUCAUUUUAAUCUAUAUAAAUUUAAUCAAUUUAUUUUUUUUCCAUGAUAUUCGUACAAAUUUAAUUAUGAUUCGAUAUAAGUUAUAAAAUAUUUCAUAAAUUAAAUAUUAUUUAAAUUUCUAGAAUUUUACCUGUCACCACGUAUCUGCGUUAUACAUUGGAUGGAAAGUGGUCGCAAUAAUUCUCGAUCUUGUUCAGAGGCUUCCUUCUUCCAAGGGUAAGGAAAGGUGUUUGCACGUGUCCCUCGUACUACGUUAUAUUGCAACCGUUUGCACUCGUUCAUUGUUGAUUGCACAAGGAACCGAGUAUACCUAUCACGGGCCUUUGCACAGCAGGCAUCUGGUCCGCUUUCAAGCUUUUCUACGGGGUUACACCACUUUGUGUAACGAUAUACGCGCACUCUUGUCUCUGACUAUUUGCUCUUGACGUUUGUCCACCAAUUUCUUAUCACACUUGACUAUUUCUUCAAAACUGUAAUAUUGACAAUAAACAUAAAUUAAUCGAUGCUUUGGUGUAAAAAAAUUAGGAAGGAUUAAAAUAAUUGUGUUAUGAGAAAAAAAUUACAAAAUUAAAGUGAUAGUUUUAUUCUUUUAUCAUAACAAUUUUUGAAAAUGUUCAUGACAAAUAUGAAAUUUACAAUUGCAGUUUCUUCGAAAUCGUGAUUGUCUCAUAGAUGUAGAUCAUUCUGAUCGCAAUGGAACACGAAUUCUAUGAUAGAAUCGAUUAUCGAACAAAAAGAAAAAAUACACAAUUCAAAAUAAUUUUAAUUCGCAUUAACAUUGCAUUCAAGAUUAUUGAUAUUAAUUAUUUCGUCUGGCGAUUCUGAGAAUAGUAAUGAGUUGAUAAUGUAAUAACGAAACAGGAUUGUAUGCGUCAAGUGCAUCGAAAACGUCAGAACUAGGAACGUGCAUGCCGCGUGAAUCGACACACGCCAGUGAACCCGAAGAAAAGACUGACAAUGAAAGGGGGUCAGAUCUGUGCUUCCUGCAACAAAUGUGCCUAAGGCAGAUAAAAUCCUUGUAGAGUGGGUGGAGCAGAAAUUGACAGGAAGUUGUUUUUGUCGUCGUUCCAAGUCGAUGUUUAUCGAUCUUUCUUUGAUAGCGUGCGUGUCGAUAAAAUCGAUUAUUCGAUUCCUCGAAACAAAAAUGGAGUUCAAUAGUUGCAAAGAUAGCUCGAUACGGAUAUGAGUUAAGAUAUAUAAUAUAAAGUAUGAGAUAAAGAGAGUGAAUCAUUAAGUUUUAAGGACACCAGUAACAAGGAAAGGGAUUAAGAAGAGGGAUUAAGAAAAAUCUAUAAUUUUGCGAUUUCUCUUGCUCAUGAAAUAUAUAUUCAUAUAUUCAUUCAAACAAAUCGAAUGUGUCAGUGUAGAAAUUAAGAUCAAAGUGAUAAUUAUGCGAUUCGUAUAAAAACGAUUAUUAUGACACUUGUACAGAGUUGGACACGUAUACUGUUUCCAAAAAAAAGAGAGAAAAAAACAAAAGAAAUAACCUCGUUAAGUUUCGAAUUUAAAUUUUCAUUACUAAUUAUUAAAUAUUAUAAUAAUUAUCAUUACCAAUCUUUUUUAAACAAUUUCUUUAAGCAUGUUGAUUCCAUAUAUCAACCGAACGAAAAUAGCAUGGAAAGAGAAAAAGCCUUGAGACUUGACUAAAGAUACAUUUCCUUGAACGCAUAUUCGCGUUUAAUUCUUUAGGGCAUAUUUCUCAAGCCAGCUUGGAAAAAUUGAAAUAAUUAGAAAUACACAGAUAGCAUAAAGGUAUCCCAAAUGUUUAAUUAAUCAAUUGUUUUUAUAUCAUUUUACUCAUUUAACAAUUGAGAUGAUUGAAAUUUUUAUAUAUUUUGUUAAAAUUCUGUACAGCUUAAAUCUUUUUCUAUUUUCUAAAAAUUUGUACUUCAAAGAAUGGCUUCAAUUGCAAGAUAAUCUGGGGAACAAGAUUUGGAAGGAUAGAGAAUACUAAUCUGUUCAAAAAGUUAAUACAUCAUCUUUUUUCAAAUCAAUGGUAUCCUCUUCAAAAUAGUCUCCUAUUAUUGAUAUUGAAUACAUACUUUUUGUUCCAAUAAAAUUUGCAUUGCUCAAAGAAAUGUUGGAAAUCUUCUUGUGAAAGAAGAUUUUGACUCUGUUCAAAACACUGUCUUCAAAACACUCUUUUCACACACUUGCUUUAACGUGUCAAUCAUUAAUUUAAUUCUCUCGAGUUUGAAGAGAAAUUUUUCAUUAAUUGUUCUUCGAAACUAUCACAAAAGAUAUUUUCCAAGAAAAGUGAAAAAGAUAUUAAUAUUAAUAUGGAUAUUAAUAAACCUAUCUCUAGACUUUGCAAAAUUUAAUCUGUUCAUAGAUAAGACUGCAUUUCCUUGCCGAGUACAAGGAAAAAAAAAAAAAUCAUUCGACUAACUUUUGGAACAAAGAAGUACAUUCAGCAUACGUGGAUCAUGCAGGAGGUGAACGUAGGUGGGCCUCUUGGAGAUUCCGAUACAGUUAUACUCGUUCCACGUGUAAAGAAAUGAAAGGUUCCGGAGCGCGGUGCAUCUAGGGAUUCGAGAGGAGAAGGCACACUCUCGUGAUAAAAAUGUCUUCCUCUCUCGAACAGAGGAGAGACGACGAUGGGAGGAGAGGAUGGUUGUAACGAUGCUAAGCACGUGAUAGGAUUGUGAUAAUUGCGAUACGGUUCCAGCUUGUAUGAUAUGUUUCCAUCCAUCUUUCUUCUUCUCCUUCUUCUCCUUCUUCUUUUAACUAGAAUCUACUCGUGGAACUUGGUGCGAAUCUUGGUGCUCGUGUUGAAUGGUGGUAACGAAGCGUGAGAUCGAAUUGCGAGAUGGAUGUAAACGAGAGAGUGAAUUGCAGGUUUGGUUGGAAGGAAAGAGGUGAUUUGAAACGGACCGAUUACUUUUAAAUGGCGUAAUGGAUGUGAUUCGAACGCUUUGUACGAGAGUAAUGGAAUAACAGUUGGUAAUGAUGAUUUUAAAGAUUUCUCUGAUUUAUAAAAUCUUAAACGAUUUUCUUAUUCAGAUUCGUUCGUUUUUCUUUUAUGUUAGAUAUAGAUUUUUAAUUAAAUGAAAGUGGUUGGAGGAAGAAUAAAUAUUUUAAAAGAACUUUCUUUUAAUCUCAAUUAGCAAUUUUCAAAAAGAGUGGCAAGAAUGCAAAACGAUCUUUCUUCCAAACAAAAGAAACGGACAAUAAAAAAAAUAUUCAAAAAUGAUUCUUCUUCAAUCUUAAUUAGCAAUUUGCAAAAAAAUAGCGAGAGAGAAAAUUAUACAAAAUAAUGAUUAAUGAUUAAUCAUUAAGUAGGUAUAAUUAAAUUCUAAUAUUUUUAUUAUUUGAUACAAAUAAUUUAUAGAAAUUUGAUUUGAUUAUUUAGAUUAAUUUAUACAAAAUGAUGGAAAGAAGAGAACAAACAAAUAUAGAAAAAAAAACAAACAAAUGCUUCAAAAUAAUUCUUCUUUUCUAAUUCACAUAAAAUGCAAGAAAAGCAAAGAUGAAAAAAUACUCCAAUCUCGAUUACUAGUCCCCAAAAAAUGGUGAGAGAGAGAAAAAGAAAACAAACGAUACUUUUUUAAUCCCAAUUAAUUCACAUAAAAUGGCGAGAAAAGCUAGAAUAAAACCUCCAAUUCUUCCCCAAUCUAAAUUCCCAGAAAAUAACGGGAGAAGAAAACAAAAAAUAAAAAAAUCUUCCAAAACGAUUCUUCCUUCCUAAUCUCUCAAUUAAUUCUUAAAACGACUUUUUUUUAGGAAAAAGCCAAUAAAAAAAAAUACAUCCAAUCUCGAUUACUAAUUCACACGAGACUGGAAUCGACAGAAAGAAAAAGGAAAAGGAAAAGAAAAACGGAAAAAAAGAGCAAAUCCUGCGAAACGAUGGGUGAACAGAAAAUGGCGGGAAAACCGCUUUCGAAUGAAGCGAAUGCUCCAUUAAACGAUCAUCAUCCGAAGACAAAAAGGUGAAGCAAGGAUGUAAAGGUAGGGAUAUCGAGACAGAAGAGAGGGACACGAAGGAGCGGAAAGCGAGAGAGAAAGCUCGCAGUCGACGCUAUUCUUCAUGAACGAGGGACACCUCUCUUUAUCCCCAUUCCGCGACGAGUUGGUUAAAACAGCUUCUCCUUCAGUUGUCGCUCGCCAACCCAGCGUUUCGCGCGGUGUCACGCACGCCUCUCGGCGAUUUCGGCGACGAGCUGCUCGUGUACAUCACACGAGCGACCACGUGUUUCGUUCCCUCUGCGAGCGCAACACCUGGAUUUUCCCUCUUCCAUCUUCCUCGCACGAUUCGUAUCCCACGAAAAUUCAUUGAUAACUUUUCUCGUCGCGCGAGAAAAAUAAUCGGCCAAUAAUAACCGAAAAGUGAAAGCGACAGAUGAGAUUUUUGUUUCGGUGCGUGUCCACACCGGUGCUUCCGUUCUUCUCCUCGGCCUCUUUGGAAAUUCCGAAACGGUGAACGGAUCGUUGUACCGAUAUCAGAUCGAUCUCUCGAGGCAACAAAAACGCUGCGCGGGAAAAUCAAAGAAGAGGCAGGAAGAAGCCAUUAAUUUUCAUCGGACAAACUUAUUUUUCCCUUCCUAUCCGAAGGAAAAAUUUCGAAUAAUAUUACGCGUAACCGAGUAUGUUGCCAUAUAUCGUAAAACGAAAAACGACGUUGAAAACUUGGACGAAAUCGAGGCGUUAUUAAGAUUGGUGAAAAAGAUAACACGUUUAAAGAGGUGCUAUUAACUCAAUUAUACAGUGAAAUCGAUUGCUCAAAUUUUUAAUACACGGUUUACUGCCGAGAUCCCGAGAACAAUAAUCACAAAAUAGUCGGUUAAUGGUUGAAUCAUGAAGUUUAUGAUAAUGAGAGAUGAUUUUUUGCACGAUCGAGAUCACAAUCAAAGUUUUGCAAAUUUUUGAAAAUUUAUCGCUAAAGCACGUUGAUUUUUUUGGUUUUUGUGCCAAAUCUUUCAUCUGUACAUAUA